GGCUUGGCUUGGAGGUGUUGUUGGACCUCGUGUCCCAGCUAUUCCAAAACAACACAAAAGCACCAUUGUUCAAAAGAAAUGUCACUCUACAAAACAACUCUGUGUUUUGUGAGUCAUUGCAGACAUAAUUGAAAUGUAUCAUCAAGCGGCUCACAUCAUGAGCUUCUGGUCAUCAGCCACAGAUCCAAAGAGAGACUCAUGAAGCAAGUGCCUCCAUCACAGUGGUGUGGCCUGUGAAAAUGGUCUUUGCAUCCACGAUCUUCCCCUCCUUAGGAACUGAGCUGAUGUCCCACAGACAGAUAGUCUGCAAAGGGAAUAAAGGAGGGUAAGAAAAUAAGUGAUAAGAAGAGAUGGAUAAAGUGUGUUGUGAUAAGAUGCUCACAUGGUCAUCAGAAGCACUAAGGAGGCAGCUGCUGAGGUUCGGGUUCCAGGAGAGGCCGUAGCCCUCUUUCUGGUGGCCUCUCAAGCGCAAAUUAGGGAAGCACUCUCCAGAGGGGUCUACAAUGAAAACGAAAUCCAACAAAAUUACACUGCACAGUUUUUGCUGCUUGAUGAAUCUAAGUCUUCAGAAAAAAACAAAAUAAAUUUUGUCCUUCUACCUGGCUUGGAGGGGUGUUUUGUGUAAUCGAAGACCAGCACGUCAGUGGUGGGGGUCUUUGUGGCAAUGAUGCAGGGAUUCUGAGGCAUGUAGCGUGCUCUGUUCACUUCCCCUUCAUGGUUAAUCUUGAUUUCAAUCUCUAUCUUCCCACUCACAGACCCAAAGCCUCCGAACUCUGAAAAUUGUUUGAAGGACAAAUUUGAAAAUCAUGUUUGUAUCGCAUGAUUUUCACUGAAAAUUGAGUUCAACAAAGUCACAUACAACUGUAACAGACAUAUCCUUACAGCAAAAUAGUUAUUUGGAUUUUCCAAAAAGCAUGAAAGAAUGUACGAAGAUUCAGUGACAAGAGCUGAAUGACAGAGUUGGAUUUGGUCUGUGAAACCUUUGCCACUCUGUAUGAAUAUGAAUAAUCACCAUAGUGUCCCAUCAGUCACUUAUGUCGUGAGCAGUCCGAAACAACAAAAAGUACAAUGUACUCUGCUAUGUAUCACAACCAAGCUUCACAGUAGGUUUUAUUUAUUUAUUUUAUUUAACCUUUAUUUACCCAGGUUUGUCCCAUUGAGAUCUGAGGAUCUCAUUUGCAAGGGAGACCUGACCAAGAAUGGCAGUAAUACAUAGUUACAACAAACAGACACACAGACUCAAUACAGAACAAAAAUGUGAGGAAACAUCAGUUAAAACAGCGACAUUCUGAAAGUUUGUACUCCAGCCUUUUUAACUGCAGAUUUACAAACAGUCACAGACACCAAGUUUUGCAGCUUAAAUCAGUCUGCAGAUUAUUCCAUGCUGAGGGGGCAGAGAACCUGAAAGCCUUCUUUCCCAUUUCAGUUAGGACUCCGGGGACAACAAACUGUAUAAAUCUCAAUGAUCUCAGGUUGUGUAAUCCGUCCUUUAAGAUCAAUAAGGAGGAGAGGUAGUCCAGAAUUUUUCCAAGAAUGCCUUUGAGUUAAAAAUACACAAUUUGUUAUAAAUCUUAGAGCUCCAUGGUAAACACUGUCCAACAUUUGCAGACUCUGGGCAGAGGCAUUCAUGUAUAAAACGUCACCAUAAUCAAGAAGAGAUAAGAAUGUAGACUCCACACGUCUCUUUUUAACAUCAAAAGAGAAACAGGACUUGUUUCUAUAGUAAAAGCCUAGUAAAACGUUCAGCUUUCUAACAACAUGCUGAAUAUGUUCUUUAAAAUGUGUUCUUUCUUUUUGCAUCGCCAUUUUUUUUGUAUCUUUAACUUCAGUUGUGGCUUUUUAAUCUGCACGGUUUCUUUUGUCAUUUGCAGCGGGCUUCGGUGUCUUUUUUUGCAUCGGUAACUUCCGUUGUGACUUCUUUUUUUUUAUUAUUAUUAUUUUUAUUUGCAGCAGUGGCCACCGUAGAUAAAUAUCACAAGUACUUUUUUUUUUAAAUGUAUGGGAGCUAAAUCUACAUUUUUCUCUCCACUAGUGGGCGGUAAUGAAUCACUUGGGAUGCAAAACCCUCGUCAUGACCACCAAAGAAGAAGAACUUCCCCCAUGUUGUAAGUCCACAGUUUGUGGUUAUAAUCAGGAGUGAGGAAGCAGGCGUGAUUCUGUCAUGAUACUGUAGAUUUCUCAUUUAAACAUUUUACCGGUUAUUGUGAAGACUCACAACAUAAUGGACGACCGUCAGCUGGACUUGACGGCGGAACAGAUCGCUAUCAAGUCAAAAUACCCACCAAUAAACAAGAAAUAUGAAUGUAAGUACAUAUGUCCAAGCCUGUAAAGCAGCAGAAACUCAUCUUUCUCUGCCUUUUAUGCUGUCUUACCACGACUUAUAUCAUGUUUGUGUUUGAUUGACUCAAGCUGUGUAUCGAGUAGUUGUCAUCUUGUUGUUAAAUGUGACAAAUGAGUAAACCCAGCUGUUCACUGUUACAGAUCUGGAUCAUACAGCAGAUGUUCAGUGAGUGUAUUUCAAUAUCUAAAUGAACUAUUCGCCAAAUGUUCCGUUUCUGUGUUGAAAAGUUGUACUAAAAGUUAUUUUUUCUUCUUCUUCUUCCUCUUACAAGAAUUCACUCCUGGGGAGGCUCUUUAGAGGAAGCCUUUGAACAGUGUGCCAUGGGCAUGUUUGGUUACAUGACUGAUACAGAGACAGUGGAACCUCUCGACACAGUAGAAGUGGAGUCAGAAGGUGAGGGUACAGAUAUAUUAGUUAGACACAAUGGUUUUGAGAUGCAAAACACAAGAAUAAGACAACACAACAACAAAUCACACAAUCAAGAAAAAGGACAAAGCGUGACCAAUAAGAAAGAAAAACCCAAAAAUAAGAAAACAGAAAGAUGAAUCUGACAACACUAACUAUAGACGGAAAAGCAUUGUACUGUAGCAGCAUGGGGACAUGUCCACUGUCCAUCUUAUAACUCAGAGGAAAUACUGUUUUUAUCUGACUAUCUGAGAAUAAUUUGACGCAGGACAUACAUCUGAGGUAAUUCUGCAUGUAAAAUAGAAAUAUCUCUGAUCUUUCAUCAAUUUUUCUCUUGUCUGCUUUGCUCGAAUGGCGUAUCAAAUGUUUCUUUCUGGUUGAAUGGUGCAUUUUUUCUGUCAGCAAUGAUUCUUGUCACCACAAAUACCUAUCUUUUCCAACAGAAUUAAUGUUACAUGUACUCAUUUGUUGUAACUGGUACUCCUAGGGGAUAAUUUAAGUAUUCUGAUUUUGAUUCUGAUCAGGUGAAGACAUGGAGUCCCUUCUUUUUCACUUCUUAGACGACUGGUUGUACAAGUUUUGUGCAGAUCUCUUCUUUGUUCCAAGGGUAAGCAUUUGUUUUUAAGUGAAACACUGAUCCUGAUUAUUGUGUGACCGCCAAUAUACCCAUGAGAUAUCUCUGACAUUUGUCCUCUAGGAAGUCAAAGUUGUGCACCUUGACAGAAUGCACUUCAAGAUUCGCUCCAUUGGGUAAGUAUAUGUAUCUCUGCCCUGUCUCUCAUGUUUACAGAUUAUUAUGUGUUGUAAACAACAACAAAAUAAAAAGCUAUGGGAAUGCUUAUCAACUUUAGAGAGAAAAUAACCUGAGGGUAGUUCUGCGUCAUCAUAUUCAGAGCAGGGAAUUUAAUUGGAAGUCUGCUUCCACUCCUGAUGGAAGUGAAUACUCCCUUGAGAUCACAAAGUUAGCACCAUAGAUCUUGUCAGAUUAACCUUGGCAUCUUGCUCUCUUAAAACUUUUCUUCAGAGGCCUCAAAAAAUGACAUGUUUCGGUUAUGUUCUCCAGACAUGACCCUUACAAUCACAGUCCCCUUUCUACUCUCCCUUUUACAGAUUUAUACAUCAUGUAAUAUAAAAACAUGGUUUACCAUCUGCUCCAUCUUUGAUACUUUGCACAUUUUUUGCACAUUUUUCUUCAACACAAUAUUUGCAAUAUAUAUUCAUUAAAACUGCUCAUCAUCCUGGACUUCUCACAACAUCACCAGGUUCUAAACACUCCAAAACACACUUUAUAUAGAUAGGCCAUUGCACAGUGAAAUAUCCUCCACAUGUUCCUUUGUGGCCGCUGCAACCCAUGAAUCACUGUUACCUUCAGUGGGCUGUGGGCACAGGCUAUCUUCAUGCAAGCUCCAGAUAUUGAAGACACUGAUACCGCCAACCCUACCGUAUGACACUCACAACAAAAAUCUGAAGAGUGAUUGGUAGCAAGAGCCUGGACUUCACUGGGUUUAUCAAGCAGGCAUAAUGUGUGGUCAAGUUCGGCCAACCUCAGGGACAUUUGGAAGAAGGCAGCCAAGAAGCACAUCCUUCCACUCUAGUUCUCACACCAAACAUACCCAACACAACUGACUUUGUGAUUCCAUAGAAGAAAAUGAACCUUUUCUUUGGCCUGAAACUUAUGUUGUACAUCCUCAUCAUGAGCAGAGUUUUUGUAUUUUAUGAAAUUUUAGACACAUUCAAGUCAACUUCUUCAGCUGUCUAACAUUUUUGUCUCCUUUGAUCCGGUCUCUCACAUAGUCUUUUUUGUUUCAGUUGGGGUGAAGAAUUCUCUAUUGCAAAGCAUCCACAGGUAAGCCAGUAAAGAAAGCUUGUUAAAAUCUUAUACAGUACGAUUUAUUUGAGAUAAAAAUCUGAAUAUGAUAUAUUACAUUAUUUUACAUGAUUAAAGAAUGACCUGAGUUUAAAGUCUUGUUUCCUUUGCUGCUUAUCCAGGGGACUGAAGUGAAAGCCAUCACUUACUCAGCUAUGCAGAUCCAUGAUAAAGAAAAGCCAGAGAUAUUUGCCAUUGUUGAUAUCUGAUGCUGACUCUGAAAGCAGACCACACUCUUGAUUCAAUAACCUGGAACAGCAGGUAUUUCUUAAGGCCAGCUGAAGAGGUUUUUUUUAUUAUUGAGGCACUGAUCACUGACUCAUCAAAUCAAAUUUUUUACUUGAAGUCUGAACUUUUGUUAUGUAGAAAAAAACAUUUCACAUCCUUUUUUUGUUAUUAUUGGUGAUACACUACAACAAGAGCUCUGUGAAAGGUUUUAGAAGAAUGAUAUUAUGUUGAAUUGGAAUAAUGUUAAAUUGCAAAACCUUGAAACAUUAUUGACAUACAGGGAUUGCAACAAUAUGCCUGGGACAACAAGUCACCAGAAAAAUACAACUGUCUGCUUUAAUUGAAAGGAGUUGUAAAACUCCUGUGUUUUUUUUUUUUCUUCAAGUUUUUUUAUUUAUACAAAGCAUUUAAAAUUCUAUUGAUGCCUUGUUGAUCACUGUAAAUAACCUAACAGAUCUUUAUAUUUCUUCUGUGGGAUAAAUUAAAUAGUUAUUUUGAAUAAUUUGUGACUGCGUGAUCAUUUUUCAAGACAAGCAUGUAACGAAGCCUGAAAAUAGUAUAGAUUAUAAAGAAAAAAACUAUCAGCACACUCAA